AUGCUCCUCACCACCAGAUCUCGGUGCGCCAGCCGUCCUCGCUCUCGCUCCCCACAAAGCGGCCUCUCGACUCCCGCUCCCAAAUCUUCCUCUCAAAACAGCUCCAACUCCAACUCCCAUUCUUCAUCCUCCUCCUCCUCCUCCUCUGCCUCCCCUUUCUACCUCGCUUCUGGCUACUCCGGCUGGGCUAAGCGGCCCUCUCGCCCUUUCCCUCCUCCCUUCUUCUCUCCACCCAGCGGUUCCUUCAGCGACCCGCUCUCCACACACCACCGCAGCGUCGACCGCGUCGAUGGCCAGAUGAUCCGCGGCGUUACGAAUGGGGAUGAUGCGAUUUUGGCCGAGAAGAAUUUGAUUCUUGCAAACGAUGGGGUGGGGGCGUGGGCGACGAGGGAGAGAGGGUGUGCUGGAUUAUGGAGUCGGCUGAUUGGGCAUUUUCUGGCGGUGGAGGUGGAGGAGAAGAGCCUGGGUGAUGGGGAGGGCGAGGGAAAUGGGGAGCCGGAUUUGGUCGGGUGGUGUGCUGGGGCUUAUGAGAGGACGAAGGAAGUGUUGAUGAGGGAAGGGGAGGAGUGGUUGGGGACUACGACUGUGAGCGCGGCAUUGUUACAUUAUCGUGGGAAAGGAGGGGCUCAGCAGCCGGUGUUGUAUGUGAUACAGCUGGGCGAUUGUAGGGUGAUGGUUGUGAGGGCCACAGAGAAGGGAGAAAAUAACGAAGUCAAGGAUCCAGAAGUGGUGUUUUCAACGAAAGAGCAGUGGCAUUAUUUCGAUUGUCCGAGACAAUUAGGAACAAACUCUCCCGACACUCCUGAAGAAAAUGGCGUUGUGGAUAAAGUCGACAUCACGGAAGAAGACAUCAUCCUGGCGAUGAGUGAUGGAGUCACAGACAAUCUGUGGGAAGAGGAGAUCGCAGACCACGCAGUUGGUGCUCUGCAAAAGUGGAAAGAGAAUUUCAGUUCUUCAGAGCAAGGAGGAAAUAACGUGGCCGAAGCGAUGAAGUACGUCGCGCAGGAAAUCGUGUUGUCAGCUCGGAAAAUUGCAGAAGAUCCCUUUGCUGCAUCGCCGUUCAUGGAAAAGGCUGUGGAAGAAGGUCUUGCUAUUGAAGGUGGAAAAAUGGACGACAUCUCUGUUGUUGCCGCCAUGUGUAGACGACGAAAGGGUUGA